AUGGCUUCACUUGGAGACUACCGUGUGGCGGACAUCUCGCUGGCUGACUUCGGCCGCAAGGAGAUCGAGAUCGCUGAGAUCGAGAUGCCCGGCCUCAUGCAGAGCCGUAAGGAGUUCGCCUCGCAGCCGCUUAAGGGCGCUCGUGUGGCUGGCUCGCUCCACAUGACCAUCCAGACGGCUGUGCUCAUCGAGACCCUGAAGGCUCUGGGUGGUGACAUGCGCUGGUGCUCGUGCAACAUUUUCUCGACGCAGGACCACGCCGCCGCUGCCAUCGCUCGCGACGGCUCAGCCGCUGUGUUCGCCUGGAAGGGCGAGACCCUGGAGGAGUACUGGGAGUGCACACUUAACGCCAUCACGUGGCCCACGGACGACGGCAAGGGAGACGGCCCGGACAUCAUCGUGGACGACGGUGGCGACAUGACGCUGCUCAUCCACGAGGGCUUCAAGGCCGAGAAGGCGUUCGCCGAGAAUGGCGCCGUGCCCGACCCGAACUCGACGGACAACGCCGAGAUGAAGUGCGUGCUCAACAUCAUCGCGCGUACGCUCAAGACGAACCCGAAGAAGUGGACUCAGAUCGCCCAGCGCUGCAAGGGUGUGUCUGAGGAGACUACGACGGGCGUCCACCGUCUGUAUCAGAUGGAGAAGAACGGCACGCUGCUGUUCCCCGCUAUUAACGUCAACGACUCGGUCACGAAGUCCAAGUUCGACAACCUGUACGGCUGCCGUCACUCGCUUCCCGAUGGCAUUAUGCGUGCCACGGACGUCAUGCUGGCUGGCAAGCGCAUCGUGAUCUGCGGCUUCGGUGACGUCGGCAAGGGCUCCGCCCAGGCUAUGAAGGCUGCCGGUGCCAUCGUGUACGUGACGGAGGUGGACCCCAUUUGCGCUCUGCAGGCGUGCAUGGAGGGCUUCCAGGUGGUGCGUCUGGAGACUGUCGUGUCGGAGGCCGACAUCUUCAUCACCACGACGGGAAACAAGGACAUUAUCAUGGCCAAGGACAUGCUCAAGAUGAAGAACAACGCCAUUGUGGGCAACAUUGGCCACUUCGACAACGAAAUCGACAUGGCUGGCGUCACGAAGAUCGCUAAGCGUCAGAACAUUAAGCCUCAGGUGGACCGCUUCAUCUUUGAGGACGGCCACGCUGUUAUCGUCCUAGCUGAGGGCCGUCUGCUUAACUUGGGCUGUGCUACGGGCCACCCGUCGUUCGUCAUGUCCAACUCGUUCACGAACCAGACGUUGGCUCAGAUUGAGCUGUGGAAGGAGCGUGACUCUGGCAAGUACGCCACCGGUAAGGUGUACGUGCUGCCGAAGGAGCUGGACGAGAAGGUCGCUCGUCUGCACCUGGACAACCUGGGCGCUCAGCUGACGGUGCUGUCGGACGAGCAGGCCGAGUACAUUGGCGUCAAGCCCACGGGUCCCUACAAGCCGGAGACGUACCGUUACUAA